AUGAAGGAAACCUGCCCAGGAGUCGGGUCUCACCUCCCCGGAGGCUUCAAGGCUUCAGGGCCGGAACACAAGCACGACUGGACGGGGUCAGUUAUCAUUUGCCACCCGUCCCCGUUCCUUGCAGGACCGGACAUUACGGAUGUCGCAGGAACCUGCCUGUGGGCAACAUCAACGGGCGCUCACCCAACCGGACGGAUUUCCUGCAGCGGAGACGAAUCCUGCCGCCCGGUGCUCCCCUUGCCCAAUAGUGAAGGCCAGCCGGCCCCUGUAUCCAAGGCAUCGGGUCUCCGAUGA